CCGACUAGUGAAGCAAAAGUUCUGAAACUGGAGAAAAAAGAAGAACAAAAAGGUGGGGUGGUAUAAUCUCUUGUAUGUCACUGUAAAUCUGUCUGUGAGCAAAAAAAUAUGGCCGAGGAAGCUCCGCUGGCACUGGAUGAAUACACGCAGGAUGGGACAGUGGAUCUGAGAGGGAACCCAGUCCUUAGAUCCAAGAGAGGUGGAUGGACUGCUUGCUGGUUUGUUGUCGUAUACGAGGUGUUUGAACGCAUGGCUUAUUACGGUAUAUCUUCCAAUAUGAUCAUAUAUUUAACAGAGAAGUUGCGUCAGGGCACAGUCACCUCUGCCAACAAUGUUACCAAUUGGGCUGGAACUAUUUGGAUGACUCCCAUUUUAGGUGCUUACGUCGCUGAUGCUCAUCUCGGCCGAUACUGGACGUUUGUCAUUGCCUCCAUUAUUUACAUCUCGGGAAUGUCACUGCUAACAUUGUCAGUUUCAGUCUCUAGCCUAAAACCGCCUCGUUGCUUAGAAGCCGACUUGGAGAACUGCAAGAAGGCCUCGACAUUGCAGCUAGCAGUGUUUUACGGUUCUCUAUAUACCUUAGCCGUGGGAACAGGCGGAACCAAGCCGAACAUCUCCACCAUCGGGGCUGACCAGUUUGAUGAUUUUGACCCCAAGGAGAAGGCCCAUAAGCUCUCCUUCUUCAACUGGUGGAUGUUCAGCAUCUUCAUUGGGACGCUCUUUGCCAAUACAGUUCUUGUGUACAUACAGGACAACGUAGGAUGGAGCUUAGGAUAUGGGCUUCCUACUACUGGGCUUGCAAUAUCCAUUGUAAUCUUCUUGGCUGGAACACCCUUCUAUAGGCACAAGGUGCCCUCAGGGAGUCCCUUGACAAGAAUGGCCAAGGUUAUUGUGGCUGCUAUAAGGAAAUCGCAUGUGUCUGUCCCUAAUGAUCCUAAAGAGCUCUAUGAACUUGACUUGGAGGAGUAUACAAGGAAAGGAAAGUUCAGGAUUGAUUCUACCCCGACCUUAAGAUUCCUUACCAAAGCUUCUGUGAAAACUGGCUCAACUAGUGCAUGGAUGUUGUGUUCAGUUACACAAGUAGAGGAGACUAAGCAAAUGUUACGAAUGAUCCCAAUCUUAGUGGCCACGUUUGUGCCGAGCACAAUGGGCGCUCAGAUCAAUACACUUUUCAUCAAGCAGGGUACCACCCUUAAUAGAAGCAUUGGCAGCUUCAAGAUUCCCCCAGCAAGUUUAGCUGGGUUUGUUACCAUAUCCAUGCUUAUAAGUGUCGUCCUCUAUGAUAGGUAUUUUGUGAAGAUUAUGCGGAGGUGGACUAAAAUCCCUAGAGGUAUCACUCUCCUUCAAAGAAUGGGUAUCGGCCUUGUUUUUCAUAUUAUAAUAAUGAUAAUCGCAUCUCUAACCGAGAGAUACAGACUCAGGGUGGCCAAGGAACAUGGAUUAGUUGAAAAUGGAGGACAAGUUCCUUUGACCAUAUUUAUUUUAAUUCCUCAGUUUGUGCUCAUGGGAACAGCAGAUGCAUUUUUAGAGGUUGCGAAGAUUGAGUUCUUCUAUGACCAAGCUCCAGAGAGCAUGAAGAGUCUGGGGACUUCCUAUGCCAUGACUACUCUAGGAGUUGGAAACUUCCUGAGUAGUUUCCUUCUUUCGACAGUUUCUGACAUCACCAAGGCGCAUGGUCACCAUGGAUGGAUUCUAAACAACAUCAAUGCUUCUCAUCUUGAUUACUAUUAUGCGUUCUUUGUGAUACUAAGCAUCCUUAACCUCAUUUUCUUCUUGAUUGUGAUUAAGUUCUAUGUGUAUAAGGCUGAAAUUUCAGAUUCAAUAAAAGUGCUUACAGAAGAAUUGCAGCGACAACAGUCAAGGUCGUAAACCAAGAGGAAUUGGCGAAAUAGAUCGGACCAUAGGUGAUGGGAAACAAUGAAAGCAUAAAAGAAGUCAAGGCUGAUAUUCAGCUUUGUGGACAGUCCUUUGAUCAUAGUGUUCCUAUUGGUUUGUAUAGCUUUUGGAUUAAGAUAUUCUAUGGUUGAUUUUGCUUUACCUCAGUCAGAAGAAUGUAACGUUUACACUAUCUUGAUAAUAGAAAAAGAAUUUAGGGGCGUGAA